GCGAAAUGGCAUCGCGUCUGACUACGAUUGCUUCCCCCGGAUUGGAUCCCAUCAGGAGAUUGUAGGUUCGACCCCUACGUCGCUCAUUUUGCAUCUUGUCUUUUCCAGCGGACUUCGGCGGUUACGAAAGUCAUUAUCGACGUAUGUGCCCCAUCUUCGCUCGUAACCAGUCUAUUACUCCUCAAUCGCUUGUUAUCUGCUCCCAACCCUAACGCGCGGUGGCGCUGCAGGGCCGACCGGGAGUAGGUUCACGAUUGCGUCAAGUUCGACAAUGCGGCGGCUAUCGAUCACUGGGUCUUUGGAGAGCGAGUCGAUUCUGGGCGGCGUCAGAGAGUGAAGCACCAUCCCAACGGAACACAGGUGUCACGCACCUCGCUACGACCCGUUUGCGCACCUCGAGCUCGACGAGUUCAGUCGUCCCGGGUAUCACCCCGAACGUACCCCGUAUAUAAUACUCUCCUCGCACGAUGCCUGCCCGUUUACCUGGCUCCCCCUCCCCCGAUUCGCUUUCGUCCCCCUUAUCCUCCCCCUCCGCCGCCCACACCCAAUCGACCCUCGCCCCUCCCUCCGCGCACCGCUCCGCCAUGCCCGCGAUCAUCGCCGUGAAGCCGUCAAAGUCCACCGCGUCGCCGUUGACCUGCGCGCGCAGCGUCCGGGCAAACGUCGCGUCCAGCGCGGCGAGAGUCGCCGCGGGGCUCGGCGCGGUGAAUGUCGCAGAGAUGCGUGACUUGGACCAGGAUGUCAGGGAGGGCAGAGUGGGUGUAUGUUCUGAAACUUCUUCGGACAUGUUGUGCUGGAUGCUGGUUGCUUUGGGCGAUUUGUACUUGGAGACUGCGGACCUGUGGUGCUGCUACUAUAUGCAAAUUGCGCACCCUCUGAGAUCGUCGCAUCCCUACCCGCCUGAAUUGAGGUCCUUGAACCAAAAUAGCUUUUCAUGGACGAAGUGGAUCAUAGAUGCCGAUGCAUAUCUGCUUGUUGUAAGGAAUCACGAUGAAUGAAUGCGGGUUCAAGUUGUUCAUACAAUCGGCAAUUCCAAGGCGACCACGAAUAACUCUGCAUGUCGGCGGAUGUAGUUAUGGAAGAUCUCACCUCAUCUCCCUACGCCUCGCCACUUGGAUCGUGUGGUCAUGGACCUUGAAAACAUUUCGUCUUACUUUCAAGAAGUUGGCCGAAUCAGCCUGCAAUUUCCCCUUUCUCUCCAGCAUGCACGCCCUUUGAAAGGAAAGGAUAAUGUACGAGAUGUCACGAUACAUGUAGGUCCUGCGACCAACAGCUGGAUACCCAUGGUAUGACGAACAUGUAAGCUACUCGCCUACACGACAUAUCUAGUAUUGGGUUCAGACUCUCUAGAGUGAAUCAGUCGCAUUCAUGAACAUCUCAGUCGCGCCUCACUCAUCAGGGAUCCCGACAACCACCAGCCCGGCAAUCGUGACCUUCACCGCACUCUAGAUCAGGAACAUUCAGCUUAAUUCCCUGCGCUCCAUCGAGGUUCUCGAUCACUCAACCCAGUAGAACGCCAAACGCGCCCGCCACUGGCCUGGGUGCAUGCAUGCGCUGCUCAUGCGCUGCGCCGCGGAUACUACUGCGACAGACGGAACGUCGCGCACGACAAGAGACCCGUUUCAGCGAAUCCGAGUGAAAACUGUGCUUUCCGUGAGACCAAAAAACGAGGUCGCAUAGGCCUUCGGGACCAUGAUCAAGCCCCAGGCAGCUAUGAUGAAUGCCACUGAUCGUUGCGUGUGUGCAAGAUUUAGCCGAAAAUGACACUAGAUAUCUGGGGACACAAAGGACCGUUUCAUCAGCAGGUUGGUCGGCACCUCGAAGAAACAGCACGAGACGAAGAACAGCGCAACAGAUGUGGCGUACUGCACUCCGACGAGGUUGAGGUCUGUCACCCCGCCAUUCGUGCAUUGUCCAUCUUUCCGUCCUUUCCAGGAGCGGAGUGAUGAUUGGGAGCAGCCGCCAGUCGAGUUUGCGGAGAAGCUGGGGUUGCAGAAUCGUCGAAAACGACACCGAGGAGGACCCCAGGUCGGCCAAUGUCACCAAUGCCUUGAUCACUGGGGUUCCCAGACUCUGAUGCUCGGAAUCUGGGCACCCGGAAGGGUGUAUCAGAAGAAAAGUCUGACGAAUUCUCCUGGCCGUCGAGCGAUCGAUUAAAAUCAAUAGCGAGAAGCGAUGAUGCGCCAUUCUCAGUCCAGUACGCGCGUCGGCUCAGAAGCCAGAACUUUUGCGCCCUUCCGCGCCAAGACCAUGAAUGAUGAAAGUGUGAGAGAAAAGAAAGGACAGACAGCGAAGACGCCCACAAGCGUACCCCCACAUCCGUUCAUCUUCCGAAUGCAGCCUAUGGCAUCUUCCUGCCAAGCUUUCAUCCGACUUUUAUCCUGGGUUCCCAGGCAAGCAUCUGCGAUCAGAAUGACUGGAAAGAUUUUUGCAUUUAACCAGCAAGUCUCGUGUGUUUCGAAUUACUGGAAACUGUUAUUGAGUGAGGAAAGCAGACUAGAGAAUGAGCCUCGGAGGAGUGAUUAGUGGCUCGAGGAAUGAGGAUCUGGGUGAGACUAAUGACAGUUGCUGUCAAACUGCCGAUUUCCCCACGCUUCGGCUCCCUGGCCUGUUUUCAACAGUUUUCAACCUUCUCUCACGAAGUCCCAUGACUUUUGGGCGGGCCAAAUGUAUUCCAUUCCCCGGUUCGUAUCUGUCGUGUGGUCGACAAAUCUUGCUGGCCGCCGGGGCUAAGACGUCUGUCCGACUCGCAUGGGCCACGGCGUUACACGGAUGAUUCCAUUCACGAUCUUGUGAGAGUCAUUCAGGCUUCCCUCGUAGGGUGUAAGUGGGCCCGAAUCCCGCGUGGGACACCCUGCUCUUUCGGAGCAGCAGACUUGACCUCGUGCGGGGCCCUUCAAGCCUCUCAUUCUCCCAUCUCUUCCUUCCACAACAAUGCCUGGCCUGUUGAGUGCCACCACCACCCCCUUCCCAGACUUCCCCACCGAUAUCUCAACCCACCCCCUGCUGGUGAUUGACUACGCGUUGCUCGAAGCGGGCGACGAAGCGGAGAUCGAGCGUCUGUGGGACGCAGCCCGCAAUCUCGGGUUCUGGUACCUCAAGAACCACGGCACGACCCCGCUCGUCGAAUCGAUGUUCGCUAUGGCUCGGACGACCCUGGCGCUGCCGAUGUCCGAGAAGCUGGACUUCGAGCAAGGCGACGCGGGCAACUCCUUCGGGUACAAGUCGGCUGGCGCCAACGCCGUCGACGCUUCCGGUGUCCCGGACACGGUUGAGUUCAUCAACAUCGCCAAGGACGACGCCCUGGCGUUCCCGCGCAUCGCGCGGCGCGCGUAUCCCGGGCCGGUCAACGACCGCAUGGGCGAUACGAUCCGGCCGUUUGUCGAACGUGCGAUGGCCGUCAACGGGCUGCUGCUGCGCAUAUUCGAUGCGAAGCUCGGGCUGCCCGUGGGCACCCUCGCGCGGAUGCACCCUGUCGAGGAGCAUUCCGGCAGCGAAGCCCGUGUCAUCAAGAACCCUCCCGCGCCCGAUUGGAAGCGAGUGGCGAUUGGCGCGCACACCGACUUCGGAAGCCUCAGCUUCCUGCACAAUCGGCUGGGCGGACUGCAGGUGCUGGUGCCUGGCGCAGAUCCGGAGAACGGUGGCUGGCAGUACGUCAAGCCACUGGAGGGCUGCGCCAUUUGCAACAUCGGCGACUCGCUGGCCCUUUUCAGCGGCGGUAUUCUGCGCUCGAAUAUGCAUCGUGUGUUACCGGCGCCGAGCACCCAAUCCACACAGACCCGGUGGUCGCUGGUGUUUUUCACGCGACCUGGGAACAGCGUUAUCCUGCGGGCUCUCGUCGAAGAUUCUCCGAUCAUCGCAGCUGCGGUUGCGCAGGCUGAAGACAAGAACAAGUUCGACACAGGAUGCACGUCUCUCGAAUGGUUCACCCGCCGAAUCAAGAAUCAGCGCAUGGCAAACCGCGUUGGACCUGAGACUUGGAUGAACAGUCGCGGCACGGAACACCAGCCUGCGGCAUAGUAUGAGAUUCAGGCAAAUAUCGUAUAUUCUUAGCGUGCGAGGAGCUCAACGCAGUGUACUUCGUCCGAAGCAAGUGCCGAAAUCUGCCCUUUCCAAGACUAGGCAAUGAGAUAUGUGACCAAGUGAGAAAGCAGAGAAGAGGAUCGUUCUAACAGUCAUUGAAAAUACUUAUGUAUUGUCUUGUGCUGAGUAGGCAUCCAUCACGAGCCAGAGAGAAAUCUUGCAGGUAAACGUCAUAUGCCGACCUCGUCCAAAACAUGAUUCAGC